GACUGGAAUCGAACAUGGUACACAGACAAACCGGACCUGACAGAGUGCUUCCAGAACACGGUGCUGGUCUGGUUCCCGUGCAUCUACRUCUGGCUGUUGGCGCCCUUCUACGCCCUCAAACUCUACUGCCAUGACUGUGGACGCAUCCGAAUCUCCACUCUCUGCACCGCCAAGACGGUGCUGGGGUUCCUCCUGGCCUCAUUUGGCUUCGUGGAGUUCUUCUACAUUCUUCUGGAGAGGAGUCAUGAGAUCCAAAACCACAUGGUCUUCCUCCUCAGUCCCAUCAUACGCAGCUUGACUGUGGUCCUGGCCAUAUGCAUCAUCCAGUUGGAGAGGAUACGAGGCUGUCGUUCCUCCGUCUUCCUCUUCCUGUUCUGGGUCCUGGCGGUGGUGUGUUCCCUGGUGCCCCUACGGGCAAAGAUCCAGCUGGUUAUGUACGAGGGUAUCACCACCGAUAUUGUGAGAUACACAGCGUUUUUCUCCUACUUCUCACUCCAACUGGCCCAGCUCUUCCUGUGUUGUUUCGCUGACCAGCCUCCAGAGGGGAAAACCGUCCUCGUCAAG